GCGACGCGAACCCCCAAAUAUUCCACUUGUCUUCUUUAAUCACGCCCCGCCUCGCUGACGGCGCUGCAGUGCACGGCCCCUCCUUCCUUUCCCUUUCCUUCCCUUCCUCAGAGUGGAGCGGACGCCCCGCACAGAACCUUCGCCUCCCCGCCACUGGAGCGAGCGCCUCCGAUUCCCCACAAAAAAGGAAAGCGAAGCACCCGCGCCACCAGAUCGAUUCGUCGAUCACCAGGUUUCCCCUUCUCCUGAGCCCUGACCAAAUCGAUCGACCGUGCCGAACGCAUCGAUUCCUCCCCGUGCACCAGAGCAGAGACUCGAUGGCGGCGUCGUGGGCUGCUCCGCCGCCGGGGUACCCGGCCGGGCACGGGCAGGCGUACGGCGGCCAGCCGCCGGCCGCGCCGCAGCCUCAGGCCGCCACGGCGGUGGCCGUGACCGCGGCGAGCAACGGCGUGGGCAACCCCUACGUGAUGGUCACCCCCGCGGCCGCCACCCCGUCCACCUGCCAGACCGUCAUGAAGGCGCUGGGCCGGUACGGCAAGCUGCUGGAGGACGGCACCCGCAAGGCCGCCGACGCCACCGGCAACAUCUGGCACCACCUGCGGACGGCGCCGAACAUGGCGGACGCAGCGGUGGCGCGGCUGUCGCAGGGGACCAAGGUGUACGCGGAGGGCGGCCACGACCGGGUCUUCUACCAGACGUUCGGCGCCAUGCCCGGGGAGCAGCUCCUCAAGGCCUACGCCUGCUACCUCUCCACCUCCUCAGGCCCCGUCAUCGGCACGCUCUACCUCUCCACGGCGCGCCUCGCCUUCUGCAGCGACAGCCCCAUCUGCUACCAGGGUCCUGCCGGCCAGCCCCUCGAGUGUAUGUACUACAAGGUGGUGCUUCCCCUGAGCCAAGUGAAAACAGUGAACCCUUCUUCCAGCAUGCGCAACCGGGCCGAGCGGUACAUCCAGAUCACGACUAUGGAUAACCACGAGUUCUGGUUCAUGGGGUUCGUGAACUACGACAAGGCUCUCAAGAAUCUCUACGAAGCUCUGCAGCACCGCGAUGUCCACGGCCACCACCACCACAGCUGAUUAUGCUCCGGUUUGAUCUUGCCACUACUGCACUGUACUUGUGCCUCGCUCAUGAUGAACCGUGACAUUCUCUAUCUUGAGCUGCUGUUCUUGAAUAAGACGAACACUGAAAAAUCCUGAUGUGUUUGUGCUGCUAAUCCGAUCAGUGCAGAACGCUGAAUAUAGAUAAAAGCUUUAGCUGCAUCUCA